UUACACUUAUCGUCAGUUCUCAUCAUGAAAGUGAAGUGGAAUGACGUUAUGAUAUUAAUUUUUUUCGUACUGUCCAUACUGCAUGAUGAAACUCUCGCGGCGCAGGGCAGUUAUCGCGUUUAUUCGAGGAGUGAAGGAAAAUACAAAAUACUGAAUUAUACUGUCGACGAUGUCUUGCAGAGAGGAUCAUUUAGACUGAAGGAGUUGGAAAAUGAGGCACAAACUCGGUUCAAUGAUUAUGAUGAUUUAACGAAAUCAUCAACUCCGGAGGAAUGUGCACGUGAAUGUGGGACCGGGGAACCUCCGAAAAUAUGUUACUAUCGCUGGACUGUGGAAUACUAUAGCACGUUGGGCAGUGCAUGUAAAUUAUGCCAACCGACGACCAACACGUCCCUGACCAGUGACUGCCAGUGCAUCCUGGCAGACGGCGUGGAGAUGACGGGAAUAAUGGUCGUCAACAGAAUGUACCCAGGACCCUCGAUCCAGGUCUGCCUGGGCGACCUCGUCGUCGUAGACGUGGCGAAUCACGCCUUCGGCAGUGGCCUCACCAUCCACUUCCACGGGAUCUACCAAAACGGCUAUCAACACUACGACGGAGUUCCCUUCGUAACGCAGUGCCCCAUAUCGUACCGAUCAACAUUCCGGUACAAAUGGCGUGCGCAGAACUCCGGAACUCACUUUUAUCACGCCCACACGGGCCUCCACAAGCCUGCGGGCAUCCAGGGGGCUAUCAUCAUUCGCUCGCCGAAAGAAACCGAUGUAAAUGGAAAAUAUUACGACGAAGAUGGCUUCGAUAACGUGAUUUUUGUCAAUGAUUGGUUCCAUUCCACUCCCAACAACCACUGGCCCGGCACCGAAGUCCGAAAUGUCGGGCAGAUUCCAGAUAAUUUUCUGAUCAACGGCAGAGGACAGUGGUUUAAUUCUACAAGCAAUAGAACUACUGACACACCGCUUGCGGUUAUCAACGUCGAACCGAAUCGACGCUACAGGUUUCGAAUGAUAAACAGCCUGAGUUGGACUUGUUCCGUUCAAAUGACUAUUCAAGACCACAACAUGACAUUGAUUGCGACCGAUGGUGAGGCCAUUAUUCCGAAGAAUGUCACCACUAUCACCUCUUUUUCAGCUGAGCGCUAUGACUUUAUUCUCACCACGAAUCAGGAGGUGAGAUCUUACUGGAUUCAAGUCAGAGGACAGGGUUUCUGUGAAGAUAGAAAAGUUGCUCAAUACGCAAUUCUCCGGUACUCUGGCUCGCAGCUGCGGGAACCCGAAGGGGAACGACUGACGUACGAUCGGCCCUUGCCAUUGGGAGUGAUUUUUAAUGACGUGGAUGAAGUGUGCGAGAACUCACCCGAAGACAAGGUCUGCGUGAAGAACCUCCGGAACGCAGAGCCAGCGAAUGAACAGAUUCUGAAGGAAGAGGCUGAUGUUACUCUGUAUAUUCCGUUUAAAAUCCAAGAGUAUAAGAAUGAAGAACUGUUCAGACCAGAUACUUAUAAAAAUUUUGAAAAGCCGGUCGGACCACUCGGCGCUUUUGUCGCAUUGCUCCAGAAUUUCUCCAAUGAGUUCCCCGCCUCUCCUUAUCUCACUCAAAUGCGUGAUAUUCCGCCCGAGAGGAUCUGCCGCGGCGACGAACUGCCCAAGAUUUGCGAGGGGGAGAAACCCUGCUUCUGCUCCCAUCUUAUCGAUAUUCCAUUGAAUAGUAUAGUUGAAAUCGUUAUGGUCGAUGAAGAACCGGGGACACUGCCACAUCCAUUUCACCUGCACGGUUACGGUUUCCACGUAUUAGGCCAAGGAAGUUUCGAGUCACUGGGAAUUGCCGGGGCGGAUAGAAAAAAAGCGAUUGAACUGGACAGGGCAGGGCUGUUGAAACGUAAUUUUGAUCGUCCGCCCGUGAAGGAUACGCUAACCACUGCCGCUAAUGGAUACACCAUCGUCAGAUUUUCGGCGGAUAAUCCGGGAUACUGGCUGUAUCACUGUCAUUUCCAGUCGCACCAAUUGGUCGGCAUGGAGCUGACGUUUCACGUCGGUGAAGAUGAUGAUCUGCCCCCGACACCAGAUGGAUUUCCAACUUGCGGAGAUUUCACACCGGAAGUUUGGGAAACUGAUUGAAGACGACAGAUUGAAUUUCUAUUAAAUUUUUUCGUGCGUGAUCUCCUUCCCGAUAUUCUGCGGCAACUGUUCGGCAUUUAUGUGGCCUCAUAAUCCAUUCUCGGAAAAUAUUUUGAGCCCCGAGAGAACCUUUCUGUUGAAUCAUGACAAAUGACUUAAAUUCAUCAGGCAUUUGACGACACAACUAACCCGAUAAUUGGGGGCAACUGAUUGGCAUGAAAACCCUCAUCAAUCAGUGUGAUGUUCCCUGGGCGGUGCGUCACGCGUGCUCUAAUAGGCGGGGAACUCCACUGUUUUAACACCGUCUAGACGCACCGACUUUUCAUUUCUUCCCGGUGACCUGUCGCGAUCUCAAAUGUCCGAAUAUUUUUUCCGCGUGUUUGCGGCCGUGUCCUAACACCCGCCUUCUGCUGUCUACUUCUACAUCUUAUGGGACUGGAAAAUGACUACUGAGAAUUUAUGGGGCCAUUUUCAACACUCCAAUGGCAAGACAAUACGUACGAAAAUAUUUUACAGAAAAACCUAGUGAAACCUAGUGAAUUCGCUGGAAAAUUCUAUUAAAUUUCUGUUAAACUUU